AUGACCGAAGAUGCUAAGCCAACUGAAGCCGUCGCCCCUCCUACCAGCACGGGCGAACCGCUCCAGUCGCAGCAGAACACCGACGCCCAAGGCAAUUUCAAUGCAGCAGUCGACGAACUUCUAGACCAACUACAGCACAAGUUCGAUAAUGUGUCAAGGGAUAUGUUUGGGAAGUUGGACGACAUGGCGCACCGACUGGAUGAUCUCGAAGCUUCGUUAACGACUAUUACGGACAAUGCGACGCCUACGCCGGCGAAGUGAUCGGUUUCUGUCGAGAUUAUC